CAGUCGUGUUUUUUUAAAUACCUUAAUAAUUAUUCAAAUUUACAAUGAUCAAUGAUCUCAGUAGAGCUUCUAUCAGAGUGGAUUUGAAAAAUACAACUCGGAUGGGCAGCGUUCGGAAAGCUACUUAGAAUUUGUGUGCUGUCAGUGAUGGCUUAUGACACUAAGAUGUUGUCGCUCACAGUGAACGUAAUCAGGAAGCUCAAGGUCACCCAGAGAGCGAUGGAGAGGGCUUUCCUCGGAGUUUGCCUGCGAAAUCAAAUCAGGAAUUAGGAGAUUCGCAGGAAAACCAUGGCAUACGACAUAGCCAAAAGGAUUACGUCGUUGAAGUGGCAGUGGGCAGGGCACGUUGCUCGUACAACAGAUAGCCGAUGGGGCCUCAAGUUCUCGAGCGGCGACCGCGUAUCGGACUUAGCGUGAAUAGGCCUCCCACAAGGUGGACUGACGACCUAUUGAAGUUCGCGGGAAUCCACUGAAAGCAGACAACUAACCGGUUGUUGUGGUGGGGCUUGGGGAGGCUUGGAGAUAUUCAGCAGUGAACGUCUGUGAAUUCAACCCAUAGAUAAAUAAAAAUUCAGUUCCUAAGAAUUUGGUUCAUAUGAAUCUGCUGGGUGUGUCAUGACGAUGCAAAGUAAUAUUAGCUUUCAUUAAUUUUGAACCCACAAGUUGCACAUCUUUUUUUUUUAGUUUCACAAUCUGCUUCCUUUGUUGCCAGUGUAGAGUUUAUAACAUGUCAAUUAUUAUUAACAAAAUGAGUUAUGAACAGGCGAAACGAGAUGAGAUCAGAUAAGAUGAAAAAUGUUUCUGUAAAAUGGUACGAAUUUACUUACAUUUAUUAUUACACGCAUAAAGGUUAAGAUUUCAACAAAAAACUUACUUUUUUAUUUCCGUUCUUUUUCAUUUCUCGUAAAACAGACAUGGCUGCGAUCUUUAUAAACAUAAAAGCAUGGCGUUGUUCCCUUUGCCUUCCUAAUAGAAGAAUUAAACAAACCAUAGAUUAUACACUUAGUAUUUGAAAACAAACAGAAACAACAAUCCUGAUUGGGUGUGAUAAGGGUGUGUUAUGCAAAUUGAUAAACUGAGGCAUCAACGAUUAAAUAUCAAGAGUUUAUUCUAUGUCAAAGAUAAUAGCAAUAGCUCACACACUGCGCUUUGAAUAACAGCCUGUUCAUCGUUGAUUGUAAUACAAUCACAUCAAAUUACUGAAACCUUUUGUCGAAAAUAUGGUUAUAGCGAAAAAAAUAAUAGUAGUAAACCCAUUUGUUGGUGUACCCAAACAUAAUGAUUUUGAUAUAGUUCAAGAGGAACUUUCCGAAUUACAAGAAAGUGAGUUUCUAGCAGAAGCAAUAUACUUUAGUGUCGAUCCUUAUCAAAGAAUGAAACUAGGCAAUGUAUAUCCUUGUGAUAUGAUUGGUGGACAAAUUGCCAGAGUUAUUGAAAGUAAAAAUACCGAGUAUCCUGUUGGGACACUGGUUAUGGGUCACUUUGGCUGGAGAACACAUACAAUCACUAAACCAGAGAAUGAAAAGCUCUGUCAACAAAAACCCUACUUGUAUAAACUACCUGACUUUGAACAUCUACCUGUGUCUUUGGGCCUUGGUGUCUGCGGUAGAGUAGGAAAUACCGCAUAUUUCGGCUUUAGUCAAAUCUGCCAACCAAAACCGGGUGAAACUGUAGUAGUAUCGGGUGCGGCAGGAGCUGUGGGGUCCCAUGUUGGUCAAAUUGCGAAAAUAAUGGGUUGUGUAGUUAUAGGGUUCGCAGGCACAGAUGAAAAAUGCCAAUGGUUGAUUCAGGAAGCUGGCUUUGAUCACGUAGCAAAUUAUAAAACUGCUGACAUACCUACAUUCCUCAAAGGUACUGCUCCCAACGGUGUAGACUGCUAUUUUGAUAAUGUGGGUGGAGAGCUCAGCAGUGUAGUUUUAUCUCACAUGAGAACUUUUGGUAGAGUUGCGGUCUGUGGCGCUAUUUCAACAUACAACGAAACAAAUGCAGAUAAACUUAAAGCCACUGUAGUUCAACCAUCAAUUGUAAGUAAACAGUUGAAAGUAGAAGGGUUCCAAGUGAAUAGAUUUGCCGACAGGAAUAUGGAAGGCAUUCAGAAAAACUUGGCUUGGGUCAAAAGCGGUCAACUAAAGUACAAGGAACAUCUUACUGAAGGCUUCGAAUCAGUCAUCGAUGCAUUUAUCGGGCUGUUCAGAGGUGACAACAUUGGAAAGAGUAUAGUCAAAGUAACGUAAUUUUUAUGAUGUAUUAUAUUUAUACACAAUAAAAUUAUUUUACAGGA